CACCGGAGGUCUGCCUCCAACGCCUUCAUAAGGCAAAAGCCUUCUUCUUGACCAUUCGGGAUUACGAGGUAUUCGCAGCGAUUUUGAUUGUUGGGUUUCGUUUGUUUGGUUAUUUUGUUUCUGGUUUCGUGGAGAAUUUUUUUGGGUUCGGUUCUUGAGGUUGAGAAUGGCGACCAUCCAGUCAAUCAAGGCGCGCGCCAUUUAUGACAGCCGUGGCAACCCCACUGUCGAGGCGGACAUCCACUUGUCCGAUGGAUCGUGGUAUCGAGCUGCAGUGCCCAGUGGUGCUUCCACUGGUGUCUACGAAGCGUUGGAAUUGCGUGAUGGAGGAAAGGAUUACAUGGGAAAGGGUGUGCAGAAGGCAGUCGACAACGUGAACAAAAUCAUCGGCCCUGCCCUUGUCGGAAAGGACCCCACAAACCAAACUGCAAUCGACAACUUCAUGGUUCACGAACUUGACGGUACCCAAAACGAGUGGGGAUGGUGCAAGCAGAAGCUGGGAGCGAACGCUAUUCUAGCAGUGUCACUGGCUGUGUGCAAGGCUGGUGCUGGAGUUUCGAAGACUCCACUUUACCAGCACAUUGCCAACCUGGCUGGCAACAAGGAAAUCGUGAUGCCAGUGCCCGCUUUCAACGUGAUCAACGGUGGAUCUCAUGCUGGCAACAAGCUCGCCAUGCAGGAAUUUAUGAUUUUGCCCACUGGCGCAUCUUCCUUCAAGGAAGCCAUGAAGAUUGGUUCUGAGGUUUACCAUAACUUGAAGGCUGUAAUUAAGAAAAAGUAUGGACAAGAUGCUACAAACGUUGGUGAUGAGGGUGGUUUCGCUCCUAACAUUCAGGAUAACAGAGAAGGUCUUGAAUUGCUGAAGACUGCCAUUGCGAAGGCUGGCUACACGGACAAGGUGGUGAUCGGAAUGGACGUUGCAGCCUCUGAAUUUUACAACGAGAAGGACAAGUUGUACGACUUGAACUUCAAGGAAGAUAACAACGACGGCAGCUCAAAGCUGAAUGGAGACGAAUUCAUUAAGUUGUACGAGUCUUUUGUGGAGGAGUACCCUAUUCUCUCGAUUGAGGACCCCUUUGACCAAGAUGACUGGGCUCAUUACAGCAAGAUUAACGAGCUGAUGGGCGACAAGGUGCAAAUCGUCGGUGACGACUUGCUGGUCACUAACCCAAAGCGUGUGGCUCAUGCCAUCCAGCACAAGGCAUGCAACGCCCUUCUUCUGAAGGUGAACCAGAUUGGGUCAGUUACAGAAAGUAUCGAAGCUGUGGUUAUGGCGAAGAAAGCGGGGUGGGGUGUGAUGACGAGCCACCGCAGUGGAGAGACGGAGGACAGCUUUAUUGCAGACCUUGCCGUGGGGCUUUCAACAGGUCAAAUCAAGACCGGAGCGCCAUGCCGAUCUGAGAGAUUGUCCAAGUACAACCAGCUUCUGAGGAUUGAGGAGGAGCUUGGUGACAAGGCUGUCUAUGCCGGUCUCAAGUUCCGCAAGCCUGCUGAGCCAUACUAGAGUCCUAGCACCUGUUCCGCAUCUAAUCAUGCUUGAUUUUUGGGGAUGUACACGUGUGAUUGUGAGUCACUACGUGCUGUUGACGUGAACCAGUUGUAUUCAGCCUACUUUUGAUGAGUUGAUCAAUAAUAUUACCAAAUCGAACACAUCUAUAUGGUAUUGGAUGCACUAAUACCAAAUGCUUUUAGUGUCCACGCUGUUUCGUGGUCCGGCUGUGGCGUGGAUGAGGAGUUGCGCUCAAGCAGCAGGGGAUCUUAGCCCAGCAGAUCUGAGACUUCUUGUUUUCGAUCGAAGUAGAUCCCUUCAGUGUCACUGAAAAUAGAACAACGGAAUAGGAGGAUCGUCUCACUCAUAUUGUAUACGAGAUAUAGUCAUAAUUCCGUUUACAAUUAGCAGCUUCAAUUGAGCCUGUCA